ACAGCGCACAACCAUCGACCAGUACAAGUCGCAAUGCUGUCAAAUAAGCAAGCCAUCGGCUCUUUGUCUCUGGGGCAGCAUUCCACGCACACCCUCGACCAGAAGAUCCUCGCCGCAGCCCGCCACGGCUUCACCGGCCUCGAAAUUGUAUAUCUUGAUCUCGAAAACUACGCGAAACACCUUGAGGUCCCCAUUCACAAAGCAGCCGAGGUAACAAGAGACCUAUGCCUCAAGAACAAUGUCGAGAUUAUCUCUUUGGCACCGUUCGAGAACUUCGAGGGAGGCAGCUCGCCCUUGUCGGAGCGACUGACUACCGCCAAGCAUUGGCUGCAACUUGCCCGCACGCUUCAAGCGACCUAUCUGCAGGUCCCCUCCUAUUACAACCCUGACGGCAGCACUGACGAGAAAGUGGUCGUGUCCGAUCUGCAGCAAUUGGCGAACCUAGCCAGCGCGGCGGAACCCGUCAUCUCGAUUGCUUACGAGUAUCUCUCGUGGGGAGUCUUCUGCUCGACAUGGGAGACAGCUCUGCGGCUUGUGAACGCCGUGGACAGGCCGAACUUCGGGCUAUGUCUGGAUAAUUUCCACGAGCAUACCAGGUUGUGGGGGAGUAAUGUGGACACAUCGGGCAAGCUCCCUGCAGGUGACCAAGGUCUAGAGGCAUCGCUGCGGCGGUUCAGCGAGCAAUGCCCGGUAGAUAAGAUCUUCUAUGUGCAGCUAUCGGAUGCGGAGCGAUUCGAUCCGCCGCUGUCGGAGACGCACCCGUGGUACCAGCAGGGUGAAGCCCCGCAGUUCACCUGGUCGAAACAUGCGAGGCCGUUUCCGUUGGAGAGCGAGCUUGGGGGUUAUUUGCCUAUUUUGGAGAUCGUCAAGACGUGGGUUGUGGAUAAGGGGUUCAAGGGAUGGGUUUCGAUGGAGGUGUUUGACUGGCGUAUGCGUAGGGCAGAACACAAGGUGGAGGAUGCAGCCAAACGGGCGAGAGUCUCGUGGGAUAAGAUCCAGCGAGGCUUGUCAGAGAAAGACGAGAAAGGAUUCAUCAAGGCUCAUUACUAG